CCAAAAGACAUUGAGAGUUUGAAAAUAUAAAUGUUUAAAUCGAAUAGCAAAUAGAUGGCUAUACCACAGUAUACCUGGCUAUACUAUAGUGAUUCAGUAGCACGUUGGAUAUUGGGCUUAUAACAGAGAUACAAUUUUCUCUCUGCUUACAAAGCGCAUAAUACAAUAGUGAAAUACGUCACAUAAAAGAAGUAAAUGUUAAUAAAUACUUAUAUAGUAAACAGUUUUAUGUAUUAUAGUAAGACUUGCAUCAAACUUUAAUUUCUGUGACAGGUUUGUAUUGCUUGUACAACUAAGGUUAACCACGAGGAAAGCACAUCUUUUAAAAUCGUAUGUAUUUUGUGACAUUCUUUCUUUACAUAGACGUCCAAAUCUUUAAUAAGAUGAAGAAAGGAUUUAAUGAAUCAAAAACAAAAAGUAACAAAUGGUACGAAGAAUUUCCUAAAGGAGAAGAACCAUUAAAACAUUCUAGAUCUGAAACGGAAAUAUCAAACUUAAAAGAUGAAGCAAAGAGAUAUUUAAAUGGAGAGACUUCUAUGUUUCAGUUGAAACAGUCAAAGUCUAAUGAUUCAGAAACAGCAUGGUUAAAAACAGCACUGUCACAGGGGACGACAUCGGACAAAGUAGCAGCUGGCAUAGUAUUAAUACAGGAUAAUCCAAAAUAUAAUUUGGCGAGAUUGACUAUGCUUAUAAAUCAAGUAAAAGUUGCGAAACAUAAUCAGUGCAGCAUGAUAAUAAAGUCUUUAAAAGACUUGUUCUUAUCAGAUCUGCUUCAUCCUGAAUUUAAGCUACUUAAAUUUGAGGAACAAAAUUUAGAUGAAGUUGAUAAAUCUAAAUCUGAAGAUACACUUGUUAAGUUAGACGCCUCACGGAAAAAGCUUAUGGCUCAUUGGUAUUUCGAAGACCAAUUACGUGAACAUUAUGAACGUUUCGUAAUGUCUUUAGCUGCUAUUGCAUCUGACACAGUAGACGCAAAUCGAGAAUUGGCAAUAGCAACUAUGACAGAGCUGCUAAUAGGAAAUGCUGAACAAGAACAUAAGUUGUUAGAAUUAAUUGUAAAUAAAAUAGGAGAUCCAAGUAGCAAGAUAGGAUCGAAAGUUAUAUUCUGCUUGAAUAAAUUAUUACACGAACAUCCCAACAUGAAACUUGUCGUGUUGAAAGAAGUUGAAAAAUUAUUAUUCAGAAAAAAUGUAGCACAACGAGCACAGUAUUAUGCAAUUUGCUUAUUGACACAGUUUGUUUUAAACAGAGAAGAUGAAAAAAUUGCUUCUACGCUUAUUGAAGUUUACUUCGCAUUUUUUAAAGCUUGCUUAAAGAAGGGGGAACCAGAUAGCAGAAUGAUGGCAGCAAUUUUAACUGGUGUAAAUAGAGCAUAUCCGUUUGCAAAAAUGGAUUCAAGUAUAUUAAAUGAUCAUAUAGAAUCAGUGUACAAAGUUGUACAUAUUGGAUCUUUUAAUGUUUCUUUAAAUGCACUCAAUUUAUUAUAUCAAAUUACAGGUAAAGACGAAGUCCAGUCAAGCAGAUUUUAUUCUGCCUUUUAUCGAAAGUUAUUGGAUCCACAAAUUGUAGUAACAAACAAACGUGCACUGUUUUUUAAUCUAUUGUUUAGAGUUCUUAAAAAUGACCGUAAUAAGUCACGGUUAUAUGCUUUUAUUAAAAGGAGUUUACAAAUUAUGCUUUAUUUUCCUGCAAAUAUGGCAUGCGCUACUUUAUAUGUAAUAUCGAAAGUUUUACAUACACAUAAAGAGCUAAAAACUUUAUUACUGAAACCGCAAGAUUAUAUUAAAGCUAAGAAUGAACAUUCCGAAUUAACAAAUAGUUCAAUAAAUUCGGAAAAUUCAGAUUCACCUCAUGAUACGUCCACCAUAGAAGAUACCAUCUUAUUGACAAAUGUUGUAACUGUACCUACUAUGAAUGAGGAUACGAAGUCUGAAAUAACAUCUGAAAAUGAUACAAAAGUUGAUUUUAAUACACAAAAGGAGUAUGAUCCUUUUUGCCGCAAUCCUACGUAUGCUGGAAUAAGUAAAGAUUUAAAUACUGAAUUGGUAGCGUUGUUUAAACAUUACCAUCCAAGUGUUGCAUUAUUUGCAAACACUAUCAUUGAAGGGAAGCCAAUAGAUUAUACAGGCGAUCCAUUAGAAGAUCUAUCUUUAAUGCGUUUCCUAGAUCGUUACGUUUUUAAAAAUCCAAAGAAAUUGGAGGAGAAGAAAGUACAGAGAAAGAAUGAUCCUUUGGCACAGCGCGCAGGAUAUACACCUAAGGGUAUUAGGUGCAUUCCAGUUGAUAGUGCUUCUUAUCUUAAUGAGAAAGAAGACCGUAUUCCCGUUGAUGAAUUAUAUUUGUAUCGAUAUCUAAAAAGGAGAAAGGAAUUCAAGCAUCCGUCUAAAACUGAAGAUGACCUAGAAAGUGUUAACAGUGAAGAAUUUAACGAUAUGUUAGAUAGAUUAACGGAUGGAAAAGAUUUUGAAGAUUUAGAUAUUGCGGGCGAUAUUCAGACUGGAAGCAAGAGAAAAGAUACAAAAGAAAAGGAUGAAGAUGAAGAUUUAGCAGAUGAUAGUGACAGAAGUGAAGCAAGUAACGAUUUUGAUGCUAUGGAUGAUUCAGAAGAUGAUUUGGGAGAAAACGAUGACGUAGAUGCGGAUUUAGAAAACUUGAGUGAUUUAGAUGACGAUAUGAGUGAUAUAGAUUUUAAUGAUGACCUCAAUGACGAUGAAGAUAUUUUGGAUGAUAGCCUUCAAUCGAGUAUAAAGCAACAAAUAGACAAACUGAAUGACAAAGGGAAUAAGAAAAAUAAAACAAAAGGCAUUGACAAUAACAUAUUUGUAUCAGCUGAGAAAUUCGCAGAAAUGUUGGAGGAACAUAGUAAGCAGAAGCAUAAAUCUGGUGGUACAAAUGCUGUCAACACCGCUGACGGUGCGAGUUCCAAACAAAUAGAAUGGGAAAUGAAACGAAAUCAGAAACUGAAGGGCCCUUUCAGAAAUAAACGUAAAGGUCAGAAGAUUUUUAAAAAAAAUGUAAAGAAGACGAAGCGUUGAUAAUAAAAGUAUGUUCUAAACUA